CGGUGGGAAGGAGAUCAUGGACGAACCAGUGUAACUCUGAAUAGCUCCCUUCCUGUUGCUUGUUUAGUAACGGCGAGAAGUUGUGUGUGAAAGGAACCAAACGAAUCGCGAUGAGUAAUGCAGGGGAAGAAGAGGAGGAUGAUUAUAUGUCCGAUAACUUCAUCAAUUCAUUAAAAGAUGUUCGACCAGGAAUACCUGUACCGAGAAGUGUCAAAGCAUCCUAUCAGAAGGAAGAACGGCAAAAGGAAAUUAACAUAAAGAACAGACAGAAAAGCUUUAAGGAGGUGGAAAAAGAGAGAAGAGACACAGUUCUUAAUGAGGCACUUGGCAAUGAAAACAAAGGAUUUGCUUUACUUCAGAAGAUGGGCUAUAAAAAGGGUCAAGCCCUUGGCAAACAAGGUCAUGGUAUUGUUGAACCAAUUCAGAUAAAUAUAAAAACAGGACGUAGUGGUAUUGGCCAUGAAGAAAUGACGAAAAGAAAAGCAGAGGAAAAUCUGGAAAACUACAGGCGGAAGGCUUUUAUGAAGACACAAGCAGAAGAACAAGCAGCUGAUGAUUUCAGGUCAAGAUUACGAAGCAAAAAGGAAGAGCAGAAACUAGAAGGUGACCUAAGGAAAAGCCAGAAAGCAUGUCUGCAUCUAGAUGAGCAAAAGGGUAUUAGCUGUCCUAGGGAGCCUUGGUACUGGCCUGCAACAGACCCACAGGAAGAUGAUGUGGAAACAGAUGAGGAUGAAGAUGAAGUUAAAUAUGAUGAGCUGAGUACCUUUGAUAAGCUGCACAUUCUGACAAGUUACUUAAGAGACAAACAUUUUUACUGCAUCUGGUGUGGCACUUCUUAUCACGAUGAAGACGACAUGAUCUCCAGCUGUCCAGGGAACACUUCAGAAGAUCAUGACUGAGAUUGAUUGCUACUAAGGGACAACAAUUUGAAGAUUCAUCAGUAGGAUAUAUAAAGGAAUUGCCACUCAGAAUGUCAUCUAUAUAUAUGGAAGCACCUAGUAUUUAUUGUCUAUGUCCCCAUUCAGGAGAUUUCUCCCUAAAUCCUGUCCCAGUAAUGAGGUAGUGAUGGUUAUAUUAAAAUUCAUCUAGUGGUAACAGAUACCACUAAAGAACAAUAAACAUUAGCGUAAGUUAUACAUGUUCCUGAAAAUGUUUUGUAUGGAAAUUGGGCUUGUAAUGCAUGGAGGAAAAUGUAACACUUUGUAUAAAAGGCGAGAAAUUAGCUGCUUUACAGACUCAAAGGAAAUGAUAAGGUUUCAGCAGUCAUUGCAGAACCAUGCACUAGCCUAAGCAAUGAAUUUGUACAAUUUUUAUUUCUACUUUUUCUUUUGCUUAAAGUGUAUGUAGAGCCCAAGGAUUUGUUUUUAAACACAUUGCAAACUGAUAGGUUCACUUUAAUUACAAUAUUGUACUAGUGAUUGAUAUCUUUAUAAAAUUUUGGUAGAAAGCAUGGUAAGAAUUCAAACAGCUUUGUGUAUUUAAAUUGUUAAAUAUAUACUUUUUUUAAAUGUCA